UCAUGCAUGUACAUAAAUAAAUAGACAAAGAUGACAGCAAUAAAGGUUACACCAGACCUGGAAAAGAAUGGAGAUGUAAUUGAAAAUGGUGUCAGCAAUGAUACAGCCAUUGACUUAAGUGAUGAUGGUGAUAAGAAAGGUAAGAAGGGGAAGAAGGUGAAAAAAGGAAAAGAUGAAGAAGAAAAAAAGCCAGAGAUGGUUCCAUUUGGCCAAUAUUAUCGAUAUGCCACUAAGUUAGACGUGCUCUAUAUCAUAGUUGCCAUAUUCUUUUCUGCUAUAAAAGGGUUUGCUUGGCCUUCUAUCAUGAUCGUUUUUGGAAAAAUGAUAGAUGAUCUAGUUGGAUCAGAUAAACAAACGGUUCAGGGAUCACAAAUGGCUUUGUUUGCUUACAUUUACAUUGGAAUGGGCUUUUUGAACAUAUUAGCUGGAUACCUCUCGACCACGCUCAUGCUGCUGUCAGCGGAACGACAGUCCAGCAAGGCAAGGAACGAGUACUUCAGGGCUAUCAUGAGGCAGGAGAUAGGAUGGUUUGACGAAACCUCCAGCGGAGAACUCACAACUAGGCUGACUAGUGAUAUCAACAAGCUGAAAGAUGGAAUGUCGGACAAAGUAUCUAUGGCAGUUCAGUGGAUAACAGCCUUCUUGGCCGGCUUUAUCAUUGCCUUCUUUUACGAGUGGAGAUUAUCUCUCGUCAUCAUGUCUACUUCACCCCUACUAGCUAUUUCUGGAUAUCUCUUUAGUAAGUUCAUGGCGGAAUUUUCCGAAAAAGAGCAGAGUGCGUACGCAGAUGCGGGAGGUAUCGCAGAAGAAGUUAUAGGUGCAAUGAGGACAGUGGUAUCAUUUGGGGCAGAAAAUCACGAGUCAAAACGUUACAAUAAGAAGUUAGAAUCUUCAGAGGCAAACGGAGUAAAGAACGGGCUGUUUUCAGGAAUUUCCAUCGGUAUGACUAUGUUGAUCAUGUUCAUGACAUACGGCCUGGCUUUCUGGUAUGGCGCUAAAUUAUGCGGUGAAGGUAAAGCUCUCCCUGGUGAUAUUCUCAUUGCUUUCUUCAACAUCCUGAUUGGUUCCUUUGCAAUGGGCCACGCAGCCCCUCAUUUCCAAACCAUGGCAGAGGGUCGAGGUGCAGCUUUUACUGUCUUCAAAACCAUUGACAGGGAAUCUAAAAUAAACUACGAGAAUGACAGGGGAAUGAUUCCCCCGUCAUGCGCUGGGAAGAUUGAGUUUAAGAAUGUCGAUUUCUGCUACCCUUCAAGAAAAGAUGUUCAAAUCAUGAAAGGGUUCAAUUUAACACUGGAGACUGGUGAAACACACGCUCUGGUAGGACCCAGUGGUUGUGGUAAAAGCACCGCUGUAGGGCUCAUCGAGAGGUUCUAUGACGCUGAUCAAGGAGAGGUAUUACUGGACGGAGUGAACAUCAAAGAUCUCAACCUAGAGUGGUUGCGUAAUCAGAUCGGUCUGGUUGGCCAGGAGCCACUUUUAUUUGCUACUACUAUCGAGGAGAACAUCAGAUAUGGCAGGAGUGACGUCACUCAGACACAGAUUGAGGAGGCUUGUAAGAAAGCUUUCGCUCACGAUUUCAUUAUGGAACUGCCAAAUAAAUACCAAACUCUAUGUGGAGAUCGCGGAUCCAAAUUGUCAGGGGGUCAGAAACAGCGUGUUGCCAUUGCACGUGCUCUGGUGCGCAACCCUAAGAUCCUGCUCCUGGACGAGGCGACGAGCGCGCUGGAUAACAAGAGCGAGGAUAUUGUACAGCGGGCACUGGAUGUCGCUGCGGAGGGCAGAACUACUCUCAUCAUCGCUCAUCGGCUCUCUACUAUCAUCAACGCUAACACCAUUUCUGCUAUUGGAGAAUACAAGUGCAUAGCAGAGGAAGGAACGCAUGAGGAAUUGUUAGCAAAGGAGGGACUUUACCACACACUUGUCAUGUACCAGCAACAAGUCCAGAACGAAGGUGGAGAAGAUCUACCAGCCCUACCCAGCUAUGAGGACGUCCAGAGAAAGGCUUCAGUAAAACGAAUGGUGUCCGAGAAAUCAAUUCAACAGGCUGUAUCUGAGAAGGAGAAAAAACUCGAGGUAGUAAUUGAAGACCCAAAAAGUAAAGAAAAGGAAGGUCCACAGGAGAUGGUAAGCUUCCUUGAGAUAAUGCAGGAGAACAAUGCGUACGAGAACGCGUGUAUCGUCGUGGGUGCUUUUGGUGCUGCCGCUAACGGUGCAACCAUGCCAGUCUUCGCAGUCCUCUUCGCGGAAGUUAUUCAGGCCCUGGCUUUAGUGUUGCCGGAUCCACUUGACCCGGACAAAGAACCUGACUACAGCAAAACCAACGAGUGGUCUUUAUUCUUUGUAAUUGUCGGCCUUGUCGCUGGUCUUGCCAACUUUUUACAGAUUCAUUUCAUGAGCCUCAGUGGUUUAAGCUUCACAACGAGAAUGCGACGGAAAGCUUUCAAAGCUCUGCUCCGAAAGAACAUGGGCUUCUUUGACCUACCAGAGAACUCGAUUGGAGCACUUACUACUCGCUUAUCAGAAGAUGCGGCUGCUAUCAAAGGGGCUACUGGAGUUAGGAUUGGUACGAUAUUACAAAACUUAGUUGGAUUGGGAGUUGGUAUUGGGAUAGCCUUCUCUGCAAGUUGGCGUCUUUCUUUGCUCACUCUCGCUUGCAUACCUUUCGUAGCUGCUGCAGGGAGUGUCCAAAUGAUGCAACUGGCUGGAACUAUGAAAACCAUGACAAGGCUUUACGAACAAGCUGGCCAAGUUGCUGCUGAAGCUGUCGAAAACAUGAGGACUGUUUCUUCGCUGUGUAUCGAGCGACUGUUCUUAAAGAAAUACGCUGCCUCCCUUAAACAACCUUCCCAGAAGUUUAAGAAGCAAGCCCAUUUGACAGGAAUAUCCAUGGGGCUGGCUGAAGCGGUCAUAUUUUUCACCUAUGCUGCUGUAUUUACGUAUGGCAACUAUCUCAUGAAUCUACCAGAGGGACACAGUGGUAAACUGACUUUUACUCAGCUCAUGAAGGUAUUUUCUGGGAUAGUCUUCUCAGCCAUGACAAUUGGUCAGACAAUGUCAUUGUUACCGGACUACGGAAAGGCGAAAGCAAGUGCUUUCAAGCUUUUCAAACUCAUAAGAGAACCUCCCAUAAUCGACGCCUACACCGAUAAAGGAAAGAAGCCUGAAGUUAAAGGACUUCUCCGGUUCGACAACGUCAAAUUCGACUACCCCUCACGACCUGACCUGCCUGUUCUGAAAGGUCUCUCGUUCAAGGUGGACAAAGGCAAGACAAUCGCCUUGGUCGGGCAAAGUGGCUGUGGAAAAUCCACCUCAGUGCAACUUUCAGAACGGUUCUAUGAUGUCCUCGACGGCAAUGUGACGAUCGAUGACAUUGACAUCAGAGAGAUUAACGUAGCGCAUCUGAGACAACAGAUGGGGCUUGUUUCUCAGGAACCUAUCUUGUUCGACUACUCCAUUGAGGAGAACAUAAAGUACGGAGCUCUCUUCAGAACGGUGACAGAGGAUGAAGUCCGGAGAGCUGCUAUCGCUGCUAACAUCAACAACUUCAUCCUGUCUCUUCCUGAUGGGUAUAAUACACGUGUCGGUGAAAAGGGAACGCAACUCUCAGGAGGACAGAAGCAGAGAAUAGCCAUUGCUCGGGCUUUAGUUAGGAACCCCAAGAUAUUGCUCCUAGACGAGGCAACCAGUGCACUAGAUAACGAGAGCGAGAAGGUCGUACAAGAAGCUCUGGACAGAGCACGUGAAGGCAGAACAUGUCUGGUGAUUGCCCACAGACUCUCAACCAUCCAGACAGCAGAUCUCAUCUGUGUCAUCCAAGAGGGUUCAGUUGUGGAGAGUGGGACUCAUGCGGAACUGAUAGCCAUGAGGGGGGUUUACUACAACCUUAACAAAUCCGCUGACAAACAUUAGGUUGAGACUUUCCGGUUGAGACUUUCCGAUUGACUGGUUGAGACUUUUCCUGAGUAUUAAUAGAGACUUUUUGGCCAGAUGUGGUGAUUUCAAGCUCGUAUGGUAAUAACAUUGUGUUUGGCUGCGGUUUAUAACUGAGAUUUUAAACCAAAAUACAGAAAUUUUGUAGGUAUAGGAGCUGUUUAAAACUUAAACUUGUAUUCAAUUAAAACUUAAUUUUAUGAUGGUCUGAACUUAUUUUUAUGAUGGUCUGAACUUAAUUGUUGAUGGUUUUUUGUCGCUUGUCAUUUCCUUCACACUAUUUCCACUCUAUUUGCUAAUUUCAAGUUGAAACUUCUGUACACAUUUUCUUUGGCCCUUUUCUUGUAAACCAAUCGCUGGAUGAAAUGUUAUCAAACUCACCAAACCUAUAGCAUUAUUUUUUACGACUUAUCUAAUACUGUUAAAUAUUCUGUGUUUAUGUCAAAUUAACAUAAUAUGUAAUGUGCAAUGUGCAAGUAUCAAUACUAUAACUAAUUCUUUUGUACACUCUUUGCUUGUUAGUUAAUUCUUUUCCUUGUGUAUAAUAUUUUUAUCAGAUAGUUCAAAACAUGUUUUAAUGAAAA